AUAUGGGUUUCUCACAAGCAAGCAGCCUGGAGGCCUGGAAGGCGCUGGAGCAGCACCAUACCACCACCGGCCGGCACAUCUCGCUGAACGAGGAGUUCAAGAAGGACUCGCGGCGCUUCGAGAAGCUCUCUCGCACCUUUUACAAUGAGGCAGACAAGUCAGAGACGCUGUUUGACUUCUCCAAGAACCUGGUGACGGACGAGACGCUUGCUCUGCUGGUCAACCUGGCCAAGGAGGCGGGCGUCGAGCAGCUGCGGGACGAGAUGUUCGAGGGAGAAGCUAUCAACUUCACCGAGAACCGCGCCGUCUACCAUGUUGCUCUGCGCAAUGUGACGAACCAGCCGAUGCAGGUUGGCGGGCAGAGCGUGGUCGAGGGCGUCAAUUCGGUGCUCGAGCAUAUGAAGCAGUUCUCUGAGCAAGUUCGCAGCGGAGAAUGGAAGGGAUACACUGGAAAGAAGAUCAAGACCAUCAUCAAUAUCGGAAUUGGUGGGUCUGACCUUGGGCCGGUGAUGGUGACGGAGGCGCUGAAGGCCUACGCUGACCGGGGCUUUGAUAUCCAUUUCGUCUCCAACAUCGAUGGCACGCACAUAGUUGAGGCCCUGCGCAACUCAGACCCAGAGACCACUCUCUUCCUUAUCGCCUCCAAGACCUUCACCACCGCGGAGACGACGACAAACGCCAACACAGCCAAGGGCUGGUUCCUCAAGGCCGCCAAAGAUGAGGCACAUAUCGCCAAACACUUUGUUGCCCUCUCCACCAACGAGCAGGAAGUGACCAAGUUCGGCAUCGACAAGAAGAACAUGUUCGGCUUUGAGUCCUGGGUUGGUGGUCGGUACUCCGUCUGGUCCGCCAUUGGCCUCUCUGUUGCCCUCUACAUCGGGUUCGACAACUUCCACCAGUUCCUCGCCGGUGCCCAUGCAAUGGACAAGCACUUCCGCGAGACUCCGCUGGAACAGAACAUCCCCGUUCUCGGAGGCCUGCUGAGCGUCUGGUACAGCGACUUCUUCGGUGCUCAGACUCACCUCGUCUCUCCCUUUGACCAGUACCUGCACCGCUUCCCGGCCUAUCUCCAGCAGCUCUCCAUGGAGAGCAACGGCAAGGCUGUCACCCGCAACGGUGAACACACCAAAUACACUACCGGGCCCAUCCUCUUCGGCGAGCCAGCCACCAAUGCCCAGCACAGCUUCUACCAACUUCUGCACCAGGGCACCAAGCUCAUCCCCACCGACUUCAUCCUCGCGGCUGAAUCCCACAACCCUGUCGAGGGAGGCAAGCACCAGCGCAUGCUUGCUUCAAACUUCCUUGCCCAGGCAGAGGCCUUAAUGGUCGGCAAGUCCCCCGAACAGGUCAAGGCUGAGGGAGCCCCUGACGAGCUGCUUGCCCACAAGACCUUCCUGGGAAAUAGGCCAACCACCUCCAUCCUGGCCCAGAAGAUAACUCCCGGCACUCUAGGUGCGUUGAUCGCAUAUUAUGAGCAUGUCACCUUCACCGAGGGUGCCGUGUGGAACAUCAACUCCUUCGACCAGUGGGGCGUCGAGCUCGGAAAGGUCCUUGCAAAGAAGAUCCAGAAGGAGUUGGAGACUGCCGGUGCCGGAGGCGACCAUGACGGUUCGACCAGCGGACUGAUUGCUGCCUUUAAGAAGAAGGCUUCUUUGUUGUAGGUGAUCGUUGCUCUCAUGAAGGAUUCUGACGAUGUGUUUAUGCCUUUGAUAACUAUGAAAUCUGUA